AUGGUGGCCGGCUCUAGGUCGUCAUUGAGGCGCCCUACACUACGAGGCCACAAAGCAACGUCCAACAGUCCUACCAACAACGAACCACCACCUCUCCUCCCCAAAUCUGGCAAUGAAGGCAUCACUGUCAGAUCGAAACGGCUCCGAGCUGCCACUGUUGCCACACCCGAGCACGACCUGAAAAGACGUCGGUUGUCGACCAACAAGGGCGAAAUACCACAGUUACGUAUCCCGCUACGCAGUCGAGGGGGUUUACCUAAAGCCCUCUCACCACCUCCCGCCGCCACCCCGACUGGAGUGCCUCCCACGCCUGCGGCCAAUGCAAAUACCACACAUAUCAACAACACCCCCAUCGACUCGCCUCUAUCCCCAGGCGAAAAAUCACAAUAUGAUCAGAUCAGAAUUAUCGAAGAGAAGGCGAGAGCCGCAAUUCGAGGAGGCGGUCUGUCCACAAACCAUGAGGACCGGCGAAAAUUACGCUCAGAGGAUGGAGGGUCUCGGGCUAAAACGGAGCUUGCGCAGUAUUUCCCAGAUUUUGAGGAGAUGCUGAGUCUGAAGCCCCCCGAUCCAGAAGCUUUGACCGUCAGAACGAAGAUCGUCUUGGUUGACGAUACACCUGACUUCGAGCCGAGACAGCCCAAGUCUGACCCUUUUGGAGCGCACAAGCCGCUUCACAACACACAAGUCAUCCGCCUGAACCCACCGGACGACCCUGUCGGUGCUGAGCCAGUCGACCCUUUGAGCGAGGAUGUAUACAUCAAGAUCCAUGCCAAGGCUGAAAGGCAUGAGAAGCAAAUGAAGAAUAGUGAUAGGGAACGAGCCCAGCACGAAAAAUACCAAUUGGAGAAACUCCUCGACGACCUGCGAGGACCAGACUGGUUGAAAACCCUUGGAAUAACCGGCGUUACCGAGACAGAGAAGAAGCGCUACGAGCCCAAACGACUACUUUUCAUACGAGAAACCCAAGCCUUGAUUGACAAGUUCAAAAGAUGGAAAGAGGAAGAGAAGCGCAGAAAGAUGGAGCGAGAGCAAGAGUUGCUGGAAGCAGCCGUGUUGGAGGACCAAGCAGAAAAUGAGGACGAAGGCGAUAACGCGGAGACUGAAGGGUCAAACAACGGCUCGGGCGUGGAGGAGGGCAGUCUUGACAGUGCAUCAAGCCAUGCUCCAAACUCCAGUGAGCUCGAUGCACUUGCAUCGCAACAACUGAUCGAGGAAGCAAAGAUUGCCAACAAACGCAGAAAACCAACACCUGCACAGUGGCCCGACGCUUCGCCGCCGAAGUUGUUCACUUCCUUUUUCGAUAAACGACAUUUGCGAGACGCAGCGGUCGCGGGUCGUCAGAGGGGACGGACCAUUCUUGCUUUUGGUCAUCCCAUUCCCGACUUUUCCGAGGAAGAAUUUGAGCUCCCGGAUGAUAUUCUUACAGACGAAGCGAUCAAAGCAAGGCAGCGAUCUCAUAGGCGACUGCGGAGAGGCGGCGAGUGA